CUGGCAGCUGCUUUCAGUCACUACAGCUGUUCCAACGUCAACCCCAACUUCUGUCCAUCUGGCGAACCUUAUACCGUAAACAUUCGAGCUAUUCAGUAGCUAUCAUCGAUUAUGGAUCGUCGAACUUACGAAGGUCCUAUGGACUGGGAGUACCAGAACAGUGGCCCUUUUGAUCCCACAAGUCCUUUUACACAUGCAGCGAAAAGUAACUCACAGAAUGUCUUUGGCUCCCCUUCGAAAUCGAGCUUAAGACCAAAUCCUUUCGCAAAUCUAGGGACACCUUCAAAAACGAAACCGCCGCAAUCCUCUUUUACUCCUCAAUUAUCAUCGAGAGCUGCCGCGCCAGCUUUCCGUAACCCUGCCUUUACAACACCCCGACGACCUUUUGAUGACGUUGCGCUGUCUGAAGCUUCAGGCGCAGAAGAUAGCCCUGCCCUGACAGAAGUUUCUGACUUCCCGAACGAUACUCCUGAGGCGGACCGGAUGAGCGAUCUCAAUAUGAGUGGCAUGACGAGUCCCUCCAAGAUCGACAAGUCCUUUCGUUACAGCAAGACUCCUUUCUCAAGCAAAAAGCAUACACCAGGUCGAGGCGAAAUACGGGCGACUCGAGACCUCUCUGUAUCAGAAUUUAUUCGCAAGCGAAAGAGACAUAAUCUCGAUAGAGAUGUCAGCAGCAUAACUCGACACCGCUGGACAGAGUCAGACUCCGAUUCGGAAGAUAGCAUCGCGCCGAGACGAACUCGUGGCAAGAAGAAGGCAACAAAGGAAGCGCCAAGGGGUUUCUUGGGAUCUCUGUUGCAUAUGUUGGACGAACACCCUAAUGCCCCUGACAAUCUUUACAGAUGGGUCAAGUUGAUUGUGAACUUCUUCCUGGUAUCAGUCUUUGUCUACAUUGGCUGGUCCAUUGUAAGCACAGUGAAAACGGAUAUCGAAAAUGCAAACGAGAUGGCACGAAUCGAGAUCAUGGGAAGAAUUACGGAAUGCCAAACUCAGUACAGUAUCAACGGAUGCGCUAAGAACGACCGUCCCGCGCUCAGAGUGGCAUGCGAGGAGUGGUCUGAAUGCAUGACACAGAACCCUGAAGCUAUCAUGAGGGUCAAGGUGACCGCGAAGCAAAUCGCCGAGAUCAUCAACGAGUUUUCCGAAGCAAUGAACCUCAAGGCUUGGGGAUUCUUCUUUGCUGUUCUUAUCUUCUGCGCCUUCGCGAACAACUUUUUCUUGGGUGGAUAUGUCAGCAAGCCAGCACCUCCCGUUCAGUCACAACCCGCAGCUCCACCUCACGAUCCGUCCAUGGCCCCUGAGAACGGUCCCGGAUUCAUGUGGGUUCCUGUUCAAACACCAAGGAUGCAGCGUCACAUGUUGCUCGACGAUGGUACCGAUACGGACAGUACACCGCCGCCGAAAAUGAAGACGAUUCUUGCGCCUCCAUACACUCCUUCACUCCGUCGGAGCCCAAGCAAGACGGAUCGAGGCCGUAGCCCUGUUAAAAACCGAAGUCCUAGUAAAGGGCAUCGCGAGCCGUUUGCAUAGACUCUGAUGGAGAUUUAGGCAUAUAUUAUUCCAUUUGUCAUUGAAUAACAUGGCUGUAUCAUAGUGGUGUAUAGGAACUGGGCGUAUGUAUACAGGGCGCGGUUCGGUGGUGUUUGGAAAAUCAGGUCAUAGCAUGGACGGUGGUAUCAUGGGCGGAUGAAUGGAUAUUGGGGUAAUAUUGUCAAUCAC